GCCCAGGGCAAACCCCACCAGCCCGCCGGCCGCGUUCCCAGCCGGGGCGGCCGCUCCUCCGCCCGCAAGUCCCCCGACUGCCCGCUUCUCUGAAUCUCCCGGGGAAGCAGCACUCCGCCGCCCGGGCAGGGGGUUCUCGGAGGGAAAGCUUCAACUUGGCCACACGUAGCCCCGUGAUGAACUCGGGGAUCCUCAGACGGGAGCUGCGCCCCGCGACGAGCUGACCUCCACUCGCCGGUCGCGGGCUGCGGUUGGGGCCGCGGUACCCCCGCCUUCGGAGGAGCCGGAGCCGCAGGAUGCGCGGGGACGCGCCGCCGCCCUCUGCGCCCAGUUCCUCCGGCGCUUCCCUGGCCGCUCGCGGGCGCUGACUCUCUCCCGGGCUUCCCCGCCCUCCUUACCUUACGUCCGCGCCGGGCGGCUGGUCCGCGCCGCGCUGCUGGUCCACGCCGCGCUGGACCCCGCCGGGAACUGGUCCUCUCGACCUCGCCGCGGUGCGGACAAUAACUUAAUGCCUCGCGCUUGAGGGGAGGGGGCGGCUCAGCGCCUGGGUCGCAGCUUUCUCCUCUGGCUGAGGCCGGCCACAGCCGACAUGGGCUGUUUCUGCGCUGUUCCGGAAGAAUUUUACUGCGAAGUUUUGCUUCUGAAUGAAUCCAAGUUAACCCUCACCACCCAGCAGCAGGGCAUCAAGGCUUACAGUUGUUUAUGAGAAAGCAGUGCCAGCAGGUCCAGAGCCACAUACCGUCUGGUCACUCUGGAUGAGUCCCCACACUGUCUUUGGGCGCUGAGGUUCCUCCAGUACAAGUGCAGUGAUGAUGUUCUGAUGACGAGGCUGGCGAGCUGUGACUCAAGUCAAGCAAGAGAGUCUCCUGAGGGGUGGAGAGAAGCAGCACAAAGGUUCCAGAUCUUGAGUCACACAUUACAGAAGUCAACGAAAGGUUCCGUUGUCCUUGAGCACGUAUUCCGUCACAUAAACCUUGUGGAGAUAGAUUACUUUGGGCUGCGUUACUGUGACAGAAACCAUCAGACGUAUUGGCUGGAUCCUGCGAAAACCCUAGCUGAACACAAAGAACUGAUCAACACUGGACCUCCGUAUACAUUGUAUUUUGGUAUUAAAUUCUAUGCUGAAGAUCCAUGUAAGCUUAAAGAAGAAAUAACCAGAUAUCAGUUUUUCUUGCAGGUGAAGCAAGAUGUCCUUCAGGGCCGGCUGCCCUGCCCUGUCAACACCGCUGCUCAGCUGGGAGCGUAUGCCAUCCAGUCGGAACUUGGAGAUUAUGAUCCGUAUAAGCAUACUGCGGGGUAUGUGUCAGAGUACCGGUUUGUUCCUGAUCAGAAGGAAGAACUUGAAGAAGCUAUAGAAAGGAUUCAUAAAACUCUAAUGGGUCAGGCUCCUUCUGAAGCGGAGCUGAAUUAUUUGAGGACUGCUAAAUCCCUGGAGAUGUACGGUGUUGACCUCCAUCCUGUCUAUGGAGAAAACAAAUCUGAGUAUUUCUUAGGAUUAACUCCGGUUGGUGUUGUUGUCUACAAGAAUAAAAAACAAGUGGGGAAAUAUUUCUGGCCUCGGAUUACAAAGGUUCACUUCAAGGAGACACAGUUUGAACUCAGAGUACUGGGAAAAGAUUGCAAUGAAACCUCAUUCUUUUUUGAAGCUCGAAGUAAAACUGCUUGCAAGCAUCUUUGGAAGUGUAGUGUAGAACAUCAUACAUUUUUUAGAAUGCCAGAAAAUGAAUCAAAUUCAUUGUCAAGAAAACUCAGCAAGUUUGGAUCCCUGAGUUAUAAGCACCGGUAUAGUGGCAGGACAGCGUUACAAAUGAGUCGAGAUCUUUCUAUUCAACUUCCCCGGCCAGAUCAGAAUGUGGCAAGAAGUCGAAGCAAGACUUACCCUAAGAGAAUAGCACCGACACAGCCAGCCGGAUCAGACAGCAUAAAUCGGGUAACUGCAAACAUGGAAAAUGGAGAAAAUGAAGGAACAACUAAAAUUAUCGCACCUUCACCAGUAAAAAGCUUUAAGAAAGCAAAGAAUGAAAACAGCCCUGUUACCCAAAGAAGCAAAUCUCAUGCGCCGUGGGAAGAAAAUGGCCCCCAGAGCGGACUCUACAACUCCCCGAACGAUCGCACGAAAUCUCCCAAGUUCCCCUAUGCGCGCCGCCGAAACCCCUCGUGUGGGAGCGACCAUGACCCUGUACAGCCCACCAGGAGGAGGAAAGCCCAUAACAGUGGUGAGGACUCAGAUCUAAAGCAGAGGAGGAGGUCGCGCUCACGCUGUAACACAAGCAGUGGUAGUGAAUCAGAAAAUUCUAAUAGAGAACACCGGAAAAAGAGAAACAGAAUACGGCAGGAGAAUGAUAUGGUUGAUUCGGCGCCUCAGUGGGAAGCUGUACUAAGGAGACAAAAGGAAAAAAACCAGGCGGACCCCAACAACAGACGAUCCAGGCACAGAUCUCGCUCGAGAAGUCCCGAUAUUCAAGCAAAAGAAGAGUUAUGGAAGCAUAUUCAAAAGGAACUUGUGGAUCCAUCUGGACUGUCAGAAGAACAAUUAAAAGAGAUUCCAUACACUAAAAUAGAGACUCAAGGUGACCCAGUCCGCAUCCGGCAUUCUCAUUCACCUCGAAGUUACCGCCAGUAUCGCAGGUCCCAGUGUUCAGAUGGAGAGCGAUCCGUUCUCUCAGAAGUGAAUUCAAAAACGGAUCUUGUACCUCCACUUCCUGUGACCCGAUCUUCAGAUGCUCAGGGUUCUGGUGGCUCCACAGUUCAUCAAGUAGGUGUGCAGGCAGAAGAGAUAGGUUCAGCCCUCAACAAACUUAAAAGAGAAGAAACGGGUCUAAAGAUAGCCUGAUUGAAGAAAAAUCUCAGACGUCUACAAGCAAUCUGGCUGGAAAACACACAGCAAAAACAAUAAAAACUACCCAAGCUUCACGCCUCAAGAUAGAGACUUAAUCCCAGUGAAGGGCUAGGGAUGGGGGGGGUGGGAAGGGUGUGUGUGCCACCUUUACUUUGAAACUGUGAAUUAUAAUUAUUCAAGUAUCUUGGACCUGCAGAAGUGUUUCUUCAGAAGAAAAUAAUGGAGUCUGUUGCAUCUUUUAAAGGUUUAACUACAGUAUAUUUGUGCCUAAGGGCCUUUUUAUUUGGUCACUGGAAAGACAGUAUUUUAAAACUUAUUCACUUGAUGCCAUGUUUUCCUUCCUGGAAACUCCCAAGUUAUCUUGUGUCUGCCACAACCAACACCAGAUGCUUCGGUUCAAAGUUCUGGAAUCCUGGACUGCAGCCGGCUAGCUGUGCAGUAGCACACCAAGUGGGAUGAAAAGGUCCUUCCCAACUCUGGGUGGAUCUGCCUGCGCACAAAUGCAUGACUGAAGCAUCGCUUUCACACUGCAGAUAUUUUUAUUCACAUGUUCUUUGUAAUACCGUAUUUUGUGGCAUUAAGUUCCAACGAUUAUUUGCAAAUGUUAAAAAAAAGUUUGUUAAGUGCUGCUUUUAAUUUCUAGUGUCCUUGUCUUGUGCUUUCAGAAAAAAAAAGGCUAUGUGUGGAUUUCAGUUGA